AAGCCCACAAAUCAUAAUGACAAAAUUGCCAAUUUCUCCCUCACCGACAGGUUGAAGCGCACAUCGUUCCAAUCGUCGCCGCCGGCUACCUCCUCCAGCCGCCGCGCCUCCCUCCUCCACCCGCUGCCGCCUCCCUCCAAAACUUGUCGUCGUAUCCCUCCAACACCCGCAUCUGGCGCAGACGACCAUACACCCGCUCUGAUGCUUUAAAUCAAUGUGUAUGGGGUUCCAAGCGUCUGACCUGACAAAGACCGCCCCAAGCAACGAUGAUUCUUGAAGCGAUUGCAGAGAUAAAAUUGAAAGGGCUGAUUUCCUUGAUGUGCGCUUCAACGAGUUGGAGAGGAUACUUCGCCAACCGAACAAGCCUAAGUGGGGGUGAUGAUGAGCCACCGGAGGCGUUCUCGCGCUGCCGGCUCGCCGCCUGGCGACGCCAGUACGGGUACGCCCCCUACUCCUGAGAAGUCGGGACGGGUCCGGCCGUGGGCGGCGACAGCGUCGAACCGGAAGGUGCUGGUGUUCGCGCUGGCGUUCCGCGCGGCCAACGCGCUGCUCGUGCGCACGUACUUCAACCCUGAUGAGCACUGGCAGUGUCUCGAGGUCGCCCACCGCGUCGCCUUCGGGUAUGGUCAUCUCACGUGGGAGUGGAAGCGGGGCCUGCGCAGUUAUCUCCACCCAUUGCUCUUUGCUGCUUUGUACAAGACCCUGGCGCUACUCCAUAUGGACACUCCGUGGGUUAUGGUGAUGGCUCCACGUCUCGUGCAAUCUUUGUUUGCAGCUUUUGGAGAUCUAUACCUAUAUAAACUUUCCAAACUUAUUUUCAAUGGUCAAGUUGCUAAGUGGACGUUAUUUUCUCAGUUGGUUAACUGGUUCAUGUUUUUCUGUAUCACACGGACUCUAUCAAACAGCUUGGAGACUGUUUUGACCGUGGCUGGACUCUAUUAUUGGUUUGCUGCAAUAGAGUCUUCCAAGGCAACCUCAAUCGUUUCAAAGCAGCACGCGGCCUGUGAACAAAGUAUCCCAUCAAGAAAAGUGGCUCUUCUGAUAGCAGCCUUGUCAUGUGCCAUUCGGCCAACAAGUGCUGUAACAUGGCUAUAUGUUGGCCUUUUGGAUUUUAUUCAGAUGAAAUCAAAAUGUCGCUUUAUCCUUCUUGAUGUCAUUCCAGUGGGGGCCAUUGUCCUUGCAGUAACAACACUCCUUGAUUGGUGGAUGUAUGGUUCCUGGGUCAUAGUGCCGCUUAAUUUUUUGAAAUUCAACUUAUUGUCUUCCGGAGGAGACUACUAUGGAACACAUGUCUUCCAUUGGUACUUUACACAGGGUUUUCCAUCCAUGAUUUGGACAUUCUUACCAUUUGCAUUGUGCGGUAUUGUAAAGUCUCAGGAAUGGAGGCUUUCAGGUCUAAUUGCUUGGGUGUUAGGGGUUUACAGCAUUCUUGGACAUAAAGAAUUCAGGUUUGUUCUUCCAGUGCUACCUUUAGCAUUGAUGUUCUCAGGUUACUGCUUAGCUUCCAUGUCACAGUCCAAGGGCAAAAAUCAGCAUAGGAAAGGAAGUCUUUCAAGGCUGCAGCUUUCUGUUAUUCUUCUCGUCAUAACCAAUGUUCCCAUGGCUUUAUAUAUGUCCUUAUUCCAUCAAAGGGGAACAGAAGACGUUAUGUAUUAUUUGUCAAAAGAAGCCUAUGAUGGAAGAGUGAGGAGUGUUCUCUUUCUCAUGCCUUGUCAUUCAACACCUUACUACUCAACCUUACAUUACAAUCUACCUAUGCGUUUUUUGGACUGCACUCCUAGUGAUAGCAAAGGGACCUUGGAUGAGUCAGAUCGUUUCCUUACAAGUCCAUCUGAGUUUGUCGGCGAUGUUUUUGGAAAUUUAUCUGCAUUCAGUCACAUUGUAUUAUUCGAGUCAGAAGAAAGACAUGUUCUCCAGUUGCUUCUGCACAAUUCCUUUCUUGAGAUGAGGAGGUUUUUCCACUCACAUUUCAAGAUUGACAGAGACCUUCAGUCGGCUGUUGUGGUUUAUUCAUGGAGGGAUGUGCUAUGAUUUAGUACUGAUGUGGCAGAAAAUGCCUGUUAGCUCGUGUAACAAUCCCCACAUGUUUAAUGUUGUUUCAGCUUUUCAUUUGAGAAAUGAGUUGUGGCAUUGCUGGAUACUUCUGAUAUCUUAAUCCUCUUGGAAUGAGAUGUUAUGUUACUUUUACCCAAGUGCUUUACGACGGCAUAACAAUUCACAGUUCGCUUUCUUGCA